AAGACAGUGGCAAUAUCACAUUGGGGCAAGCACUUGAGCACUUGCUGGCUACGUACUACAGGGGUCGUGGCCACGCUACGAGCUGCGCUUCCGUGUUUACACACCCACGAAAAAGGAGGGGACUAGCGGCGCAAAGUAUGCUCACGGAGAAAGCGUUGAGCGGUGGUGAGGAAAGUGACGGUGUCACAGCAUAGGCUGACUAUAUGGUAAAGAAGAGGUAACUAAUUCUAGGUUUCAAAAUUGCGUUUUACAGCGGAAUGUUCACUCGAAGGGGCCAUGGAGACGUCAAGAAAUCUACACAGAAAGUUCUGGACCCAAAGAAGGAUGUAUUGACCCGACUGAAGCACCUCCGGUCACUGUUAGAUAUCAUUGAGAAGAGUGAAUUGAAGACCUUCUUCGAAAGCAACUGUUCGCAGAUUUAUUUUAUCUUCUAUGAAAAUUUCAUUACACUGGAAAGUAACUUAAAGCAAAAAGGGAACAAAUCACAGAGGGAGGAGCUGGACUCUAUCCUCUUUAUUUUUGAAAAAAUUCUGCAACUUCUACCAGAAAGAAUCUACAGUCGAUGGCAGUUCCACAGUAUAGGUUCUAUUCUGAAAAAGCUUUUGCACACUGGAAACUCAUUCAAGAUCAGAUGUGAGGGCAUCCGUCUGUUCCUGCUGUGGCUGCAGGCCCUGCAGAAUAACUGUGCAGAGGAGCAGUUCCUCAUCUUCGCCUGCCUGGUGCCAGGCUUCCCUGCUGUGCCCUCCACCAGAGGACCCUGCACCCUGGAUACCAUCAUCUACAACCCUUUCUCCAACCCACCCGAUGCCAAGGUGGUGCCUGAGGAGAUUACCCCGCUGGUGCCGGCUGUGCCAGGGGAGAAGCUGGCAGAUGACCAGACCUGCUACAUCCUCCAAACCCUGCUCAAGUUCAUGGUUGUCCAGGCGUCCAGUUUAGAGUGGACAAACAAAGACAACCAGGACACCGGCUUCAGGUUUCUCUUCAGUCUGUUCAAGAAGUACUAUCUUCCCCACCUCUUCCCCUCCUUCACCAAGCUCACCAACCUUUACAAGCCGCUUUUAGGUAGGGGUGUGGGUGUGGACCUCCCCCACCACAGACCAAAGCCUCUGUAUGUCCCGGUGACCCGUAACAACGAGAGCACGUUCUGUACGAGGGACCAGUACCUGGCUCCCCGUGUGGCCUUCAUCACCUGGCUGGUCACCUUCUUCCUGGAGAAGAAGUACGUCAGCACCGCCACCCCAAGCGCCAAGAACGGGACUAACGAGGUCAUCCCCAAACUCAUCCAGACUGUCACUGCAGGCGGUAGCAGUCAGGAGAAGGAUAAAGACCGUGGUGGUGAGGGUGAGCCCAACGGCCCCACGGAGCCAGAGAAGAGCCACUCUAACAGUAGCACGCUGUCUGACCGGCGUCCCAGCGACUCCAGCCUGUGCAGCAUCGAUGAGGAGCACCGCAGCGUCUAUGACAUGGUGCACGGCGUCCUGCUCUCCACACGGGACAACAUCAACUUCGUCAACGAGGUCUUCCACCAGGCCUUCCUGUUGCCCUCCUGUGAGGCGUCAGCGACCCGGAAGGUGAUCAAGGUGUACAGGAAGUGGAUCCUGCAGGAGAAGCCAGGCUUCAUGACGGAGCCGGAGAAGAGCAGACAGGCCGAGGUUGAGGAGAACCCAGAGCAGCUGCUCAUCACUGAGACCGAUAGCACACACACACAAGUGUUGGAGAGUCAUGGUCACAAGCGCUCUUCCAGUUGGGGCAGAACAUACUCCUUCAGCAGUGCCAUCAGCCGGGGCUGUCUCACUGAGGAACAGAACAGAGACAUCAAGGCUGGCAUCCAGCCCACCCUGCAGGUGUUCCUGACCAACUCGGCCAACGUGUUUCUGCUGGAGCCAUGCCAGGAUGUGCCCAAACUACUGGACAACCAGGUGGAGGUGUGCAAGGGGGUUCUCAGCAUCUACCGCCACAUGAUCAUGGAGCACGCCAUGAACACACAGACAUGGGAGCAGAUGCUACAGGUGCUGCUGAGGAUCACUGAGGCGGUGAUGAAGAGGCCUCAGGAGAACCAAAGAAAAGACAUCUUUGCUGAGAGCCUGGCUGCCAUCCUCUUCAGGACGAUCAUUGUGGCGUGGGUACGGGCCAACCUGUGUGUGUUCAUCUCCCGGGAGCUGUGGGACGAGCUUCUGUCUGUGCUGUCGUCUCUGACAGGCUGGGAGGAGCUGGUAACAGAGUGGGCCAGCAUCAUGGAUUCUCUGACCGCAGUCCUGGCCCGCUCUGUCUACGGCCUGGACAUGAGCAACCUGCCCCUGGACAAACUCAGCGAACAGAAGGAGAAGAAACAGAGGGGACGGGGGGUGAUCCAGGACUCCCAGAAGGCAGCAGCGGUGGCCAGGUCCUUCUCUCUGAGCUGGAGGAACCAGGGAGACCAGCAGGAGCCCAUGAGGUUCCGCAGCGCUACCACCUCAGGGGCCCCCGGAGUGGAGAAGGCCCGCAACAACGUCCGACAGAAAGCCACAGCUAAGCGAAGCCAGUCUAUCACCAACUGUGUCCAUCUUUACGAGGCUUUGCCCGCUACUAAAAGCGUUCCUAUGCUGCUUCACACUGUGAGCUCUUUCUUGCCUGGUAUCUCCUCCCCUUCCGGUAACUCUUGCUCUCACAGGCUUUCAGACGUGGAGGAGGGCCAGCUGUCAGAGUGUGGGGGAGAUGGGGAGCUGGAGACUGGAGACAGCCCUCUACCACGCAGCAGCAGCACCUCUGACAUCACACAGCAACUGGCUGACACCUUCCCAGGCCACAAGAGAGAGUACUCCCCCAACAACUCCUGUGGCUCCGAUGGCAGGGCAUCGGAAGCGAGGACAGACAGCGACCCACCAGUGAUUCUGAUCAGGCGUAGCAGCAGUCCUGCUGAGCUGGACUACUCUGUAGAGGGACACAACACCUACGCAAGGCCCAAGCUCCAGGAGAAAAGUGUGAGUGUGAGCAGCGAGACAUCCAACGGCUACUUGAACGACGCUGACGGCAGCCUGCUGGCCUGGCAGGCUUUUGAGGAGGAGGCAGACACCCAGUCAGCCCAGAUAGACGUCACAGCAGACACCGGGAGCCAGAGGAACCUUCUGCUCAGCCGCAAUGAGGCCCUUGCAGGUCCUGAGUGUGUCCUCUCUCCCCACUCCGCACCCCUGUCCCACCACCAGCAGCACCCCCCCGCCUCGCCAGCUUUGCUCGUGCACACUGAGUGCCGGGACUGCCCCCAUCUCCUGGAGGACAGCAUGCAUCAGUCUGUGUUACACAUGCCUCAGGACCUGGACAGCAGUGAGUGUCUGACUGAUGAUGUCAGCAUCAUCGCAGGCGGGAGCCUGACAGGCUGGCACGCUGACUCCGCGUUUGUGCUCUGGAGGAGGAUUCUGGGUAUCCUGGGGGACGUCAACAGCAUCCGCUGCCCCAGGAUCCACGCCAAGGUGUUCAGUUACCUCUACGACCUGUGGCACAAACUUGCUAAGAUCCGGGAUAACCUGGGCAUCAGUGUGGAUAACCAGUCGUCUCCUCCCCGACCUGUCUUCAUCCCUCCUCUCAGAAUGCUGGCCUCCUGGCUCUUCAAGGCCACCAUGCUGCCAGCAGAGUUCAAGGCGGGUAAGCUGCAGGCUUAUAAACUCAUCUGUGAGAUGAUGACCAGGAACCAGGACGUGCUGCCCAACAGUGACUUCCUGGUCCAUCUCUACCACGUCAUGCACAAGGGCUUCACCAGCGAGGACCAGGACGUUCUGAACACAGUCAUCCGUUCCUGUUCCCCGCGCUUCUUCUUCCUGGGCCUGCCGGGCUUCACCUUGCUGGUGGGGGACUUCAUCACCGCUGCAGCACGCAUCCUCAGCAACGACUCCUCCGAGGCUCCGAGGAUAGAAGCACAGACUGUCCUUGGGUCGCUGGUCUGUUUUCCCAACCUCUACCUGCAGAUUCCACUACUGCAGACCAUUCCCGGAACUGAUGACAUCGUUGUCCGGAACGAGGACAUCAAGGACUAUCUGGUCAACAUCUUACUGAAGUCUGCACGGAAUGAACCCUGUGAAGCAGCCAGGUGUAUGGCUGUAUGUAGUCUGGGCCUGUGGGUAUGCGAGGAGCUAAUGCAGCAGAAUAUUCACCACCAGGUCGAGGAUGCCAUCAAUGUUCUGGGUGUAACACUAAAGUUUGGGAACAAAACUGUGGCUCAGGUAGCCUGUGACCUGUUUCAGCUCCUCAUCUCUCACUGGGAACACCUCCAGAGGCUAGAGCGCUCUCUCCCAAAGAAAAUCAUUGAGAUCUUUGUGGCCACUAUAGCAUUUCUGUUGCCGAGCGCAGAGCACUCGACGGUGGAGGCUGACAAAAAGCUAAUGGUGUCUUUGCUGCUGUGCCUGCUGGACUGGUGUAUGGCCAUGCCCCUGAGCAUGCUGCUGGAGCCCAUCACAAUGCCCGUGCUGGAGGACCCCACAUCCCACAAGGCCCCUCUGCUCGACUACAUCUACAGGGUGCUACACUGCUGUGUCUCUGGCUCCAACCUGCACACCCAGCAGAGCCACUACCUCCUGAGUCUGUCUGACCUCUCCACUGACUACGACCCCUUCCUCAUACUGGGCCAGGUCAAGAGCUCAGAGCCCCCUCUCUCACACACCAACGCAGACUUUGGCAGCCUGCUCACCGUGGCCGAGGAGAAGAAAAGGCGGAAUGUGGAGCUGAUCCCUCUGACGGCGCGGAUGAUCAUGACACACCUUGUGAACCACCUGGGCCACCAUCCCCUCAGCGGUGGCCCCGCCCUCUUACACAGCCUGGUCAGUGAGAACCACGACAACCCCUUUGUGGAGUCAUCAGAGCUCUCCUCGGAGGUGUUCAAGAGCCCCAACCUGCAGCUGUUUGUUUUCAACGACAGCACCCUGGUGUCUUACCUCCAGGUGCCCUCGGAGCCCUCUGGUCCAGGGGAACCCCACGACAACUCCUCCCAGGUACGCGUCAUCGUCAGGGACAUCUCUGGAAAGUACUCCUGGGACGGAGGGGUUCUCUACCGCACCCAGGAUGGAGUCAACCAGAUGCAUCAGGGGAGUGAAGAGUCUUCAAACCACUCCACCACCAAGCCCACCUCGCCCGGGACCUCUGAACGCUCCUACCAUCCAGGUUGCGACUCCCAGUCAGGCUGUGAGGAGGAGGAGGUGGAUGUCCUGGACCAACUCCUGGAGGACCUGGGCUACAGCAGCCCUGAGUGCCUGCCCCAGCUCCGGCUGAGGCUCAACCAGCCAGCCCCCUCUCCCUGCGGAAUGAACCUGGAGCAGGAGAGGGCCAUCGUGGAGGCCAUCCUCAGGCAGACACAGCAGGAGGAGGAGCAGGUGAAGAGGUGGAACGCAGACGUGAGCGUUAAGGCCGCCGGCCAGAGAGAACCCACUCACCAGGAGCCCAAAGCCCCCUUCUACUUCUGCAGGCUGCUACUCAACGACCUGGGCAUGAACUCAUGGGACCACAGGAAAAGCUUUCAUCUCCUGAAGAAGAACUCCAAGCUCUUGAGAGAACUGAAGAAUUUGGAUUCCAGACAGUGCAGGGAGACGCACAAGAUUGCUGUGUUCUACAUCGGAGAGGGUCAGGAGGAUAAGUGCUCCAUCCUGUCCAACAGCACAGGCAGCCAGGCCUACGAAGACUUUGUGUCUGGCCUGGGAUGGGAGGUUGAUCUAGCCACACACUGUGGCUUCAUGGGAGGGCUUCAGAGGAACGGCAGCACAGGACACACUGCUCCGUACUACGCUACCUCCACGGUGGAAGUCAUCUUGCAUGUGUCCACACGCAUGCCGUCUAACUCUGACGACUGCCUCACCAAAAAGCUGCGUCACCUGGGAAACGACGAGGUUCACAUAGUGUGGUCGGAGCACAGCAGGGACUACCGCCGCGGCAUCAUCCCCACUGACUUUGGAGAUGUGCUGAUCAUCGUGUACCCCAUGAAGAACCACAUGUUCUUCAUCCAGAUCAUGAAGAAACAACAGGUCCCCUUCUUUGGGCCUCUGUUCAACGGCGCCAUCGUCACAGGAACGCUGCUGCCCAGCCUGGUGCGUGCCACCUGCAUCAACGCCAGCAGAGCUGUCAAGUCCCAGCUGACGCUCUACCAGAGCUUCUAUGAGGAGCGGGCGCUGUACCUGGAGGCCAUUGUGCAGAACCACCGGGAGGUCAUGACCUUUGAGGACUUUGCCUCGCAGGUCUUCUCCCCUUCACCCAGCUACUACCCAAUGAGUGGGACAGCGUGCAGGCGUUGGCCGGGGAUGGUUUGGGACGUGGAGUACCCCUGGGCCAAGCUGGACUGCUCCCUCAGCGGCAGCACGAGUGCUGAGCUCAGUGUUUCUGUAGGAACGGACCAGGCGGACCAGGUCUCCCCUACGAUUCCCCGUGCCACGAAGAACAGAGUUUCCGGAAAACUCCGCCGAUCAGCCAGCGCCAUAAGCAAAUCUUCCAACUGAGCUCUCUCACCCAACCCACCUCCCAAAACUCCCCCGCUUUGCCUUUACUACUGGUCCUGUUUUAAAAUCUCAUACCUAACCCUCAUGACUGCAGUUUGGGUGUGUGCAUUGUUUGUUUUGUAUCUCGUUUAAACAUAUAACUGGAGCAUAUUGCAGUUUUUUAUUUAUGUGGCAAUUAUUGAUACUUUGAUACAUUUUCCAAUUGUUUUGCUGUUAAACUGCUUAUUUGACCUGAAGAAGAGAUGAAGCUAUUGAAGUUUGUUCCGAUGUGGCUGCAUUUUCUGAAUGAAUCGUAGAUUCUUUUUAAUUCAUGACUGAUAAUAGUCAGUACAGUGAUAAAAAAAAGAGAUAUAGACAGGGAAUUGAGUGAACAAUCAUGUCUGGUGGUUUAAAGUCCACAUAUCAUCAACAUUUCAAUGUUCCCUUUCUAUGUCACAACCAGGAUCUCUAUGGUUGUGACAUAGAAAAGGAAUAUAAUCAUCCAUAUGCAUUUUGAUAGGGGUCUUUCCACGAAUUGAGUCCCUUUUGCACCCCUUUGAUAUUUUAAGUAGAAAUUGCGCACCAAUAUUGAACUUUAAAAGCCUCUUAUAUUAAAUGAAGUGCUCUUUAAUAGAGACUUCAUGGAAAAUUCUAUAAAUCCGAUUUUUGUAUAUGAAUAAAGACUUGCUAAACUACCAAAAUGCAGCAUUUUGACAUGUCCCUCUGUGCACCCUCUGUGACUUCUCGGAAGAUGUUAACCCACUUAACCCAUAAAAUUCCUCCAAGUUUUCACCGUCGUUGUAAAGCCCUAGUUAUUUAGUUGCUUUGACAAAGUCAUUUCUGGAGAUUAUCUAUUUCAUGUGAUUACUUUUAAGUAAGAAAAAGAAAACCUGUCGCUCAUUUUAAGGUCAACCCUGCUAUGUAAACUUAACUUUUAAUAUGGUGAAAUAGUAAUCAUUUUUUCAAGAGAAACCUUGGAACAUCAAGGUGAGCUGGUGGUGGAGAACUGAGCGGGUCGAGCUUAACACAUUAACCCUGUUACUCAUAGAUAGACAGGCUAUUAUUUUAUUUAUUUUGUUAUUCUAAAAUGGUGAAGUUUGCAUUCAAUUGCCCUCCCUGUCUGCACAGAACAAGCUUCCAUUCCUCCUGUCACGAGGGGAUUUAUGGCUGAUUUAAGAUUAAAUCGUCCUACCCUGUUACUUUUUUUGGCACUUAAUAGGCGCUUAAUUUUUUUAUAUAAUCUCUUGAGAUGGGAAAACGUAUUUUUUAGUAAGUUGAACAUGUGCUCUUUAUGACAGAAUGUUAAAAUGAUGUGAAAUACAACUGUUUUUUUUCACCAAGUUACAAUACCCAAAAGGGACUCAUUUCGUGGUUUUCCCAUUGACCCCUCUUGUGAUUCUGCUGUGUAAUACACUGAUGAUACUCUUGCAAUGCUCUUGAUAGGAUAGGAUAGGAUAAUAUUUAAGUGUGAUGUUGUUUUGUCCUUGGUCCUGAGCCAUGGAAGCCUGUGUGUCUGUUUGGACCAUAUUCAUCCUCUUGUUGUGGAGAGGUGGACUGGCUGUGACAUAGGAGUUGCUGCUCUAGUGUAAUGCUGCACCAUACCACACAACUCCUGGUUACGGAGUGCUGUGAGCCAGUGCAGUAGGAGUCUGUUUUUAAUAGUUAUGAACCUGGAGUGGACAAUCAAUAAUGUCUUUCCAACCCCGAGGUGAAUUGAAGUUUGUUUUUGUUUUUUUAUCGCUAUAAGGUCCUUUUAAAUGGAAUCUGAUGGAUUUUGUUGUACUUUGAUUUAUGCAACUGCUGGAAAUGAGAAAAGACAGCAUUUGUAACUGUUUAGGGAUGUUACCCUGUGUAGGAUUGUUUAACCUGGGUUCAUAACCUGUAAUCCAAUAACUUCCAUCUGUCUCUUCCUCUGCCAUUGUUUUCUUGUGUUGUAAAGCUAAGAAUAUGACAUUCCAAUGUUCCUACAGAUGGUCUUUUGCACUCACUGUCAUUGAUAAACUAGCAAUGAAUGUGUAUUUUCUCUUUAUUCUUGGAUGUAAAUUGCUUUAUUUGAUGUUUGUUUCUGCGUGUACAUAGUCAUAUUUAAUGAUUGAUUUUGCUGUUGUGUUGUAUAAUGUAUACAUGUGUUGUUUAGUCGAAAACGCCACCGGAGCCUCAGGUGAAUCUUAACUCCAUGCACUGGUGUGUGUAUGCGCGUCCGUGUGUGUGUCUGUAUGGCUGUGUGUGUUUUUGAUGGAGCUUCUCGCAGUGCCGUGUGUAAUGUCUGUCCACCAAGAUCCAUUCCAAGACCCCCACCACUGUAAACCACUGUUAGACAUCAUUUGAUUUAUUUAGUUUAUUUUCUUCAUUGCAAGAGCCAAACAGAGGACAGCUAGCCUUGCCUUCCUGUCUCAUGUCUUUGUUAUAGAGGGAGAGAGUGUUUUUCCCCCAUGUGACAGAAAAGGUCAGUGUCUUGUCCUCCUAGUCCGCACGUUUUAUAUGAACAGAUUGACUGGGUUUGGCCCACUUUGUUUAGUCUUUAUUUGAGGAGGUGCGCUGUUCUCCUUUCUCUCAGAAUUGGAAUCAAAUGGCACCUACUCCUCCUAUUUCCCAUGAUGCACCCUGAGUAACCUCAUGAGGCCACAGUGGAAGGGUGGGGGCAGGGGAGUUAGAAGGCAUACCAGCGCUGAGCUCUGGCGACCCUCUUAGCAACAGGCAUGCUGGCGCUAUGCUACCCACGCCCCCCUCCUCCUCCACCCCAACCUGCCCCUUUGGGUUGCCAUGGAAGCCAGGUGUUACGCAAACAUGAUGGAGGGUAACACAAGCUGCAUCACUGUCCCUGUCUGUUGCACUACUUUGCCUUACCAGUACAUCCUCUUUCUUUCAUUUUGUUCUCUCGUUUUUUUGUGUCCCUUUCUUUCCCAAGCACUGAUUAAUAACAUAGGAGGCGCGAACGGAGAGUUCGUUCAGAAAGAAUGAAGUCCAUUUUGUGCAUUUGAAGAAUGUAUGUAAAUACUGACCUGAGUCAGAUAAAUGCUUUCACCUUCCCAAUAGCCACUGUAAAGAACUACCCAGAUCUUUUUACUGAUCUUCUUAUGGAGUCUAGAUUGUAGAUUUGAUGUUGUGGAUGGGAUCCCUGUUAUAUGUGGGAGUAAAUGGGCGUAAGGUUUGAUUUGACCAGGGCAAGGAUUGUGUCUUACUCAGACUGGUUCAACUCAUGUGAAGCAACAGAGUUAGUGUUAAUUCUAGAUUUUGGUUUAGGAAUCUUGUACAUUGUGUCAAAUUGAGGGUUUCAGUCCAAUAUAAAUAUAUUCAUGCCUAUAAUAUAAUCUUUGUAUAAGAGGAAGAGGAAAAAGGCUUGAAGAUUUCAUCAUUACUUGUUAACAUAUCAAACCGUUUUUAAUGACUGAAGUCAUGCUAUCUUUAUUAGAAAUGUGAAAAUCAAAAACAUUUCAUUAAAUCAAUUUGAAAUUCUA